CAACAACAAUCUGUUUAUUCUGCUCAGCAGCAGCAGGCUGGUUAUCUUGAACAACAACAACAACAACAAUCUGUUUAUUCUGCUCAGCAGCAGACUGGUUAUCUUCCCCAGCAGCCACACUACAAUAGUUAUCCAUUUUUUGCCUGAGGAUCUCUUGUAAUGGUUUGAACUCGUACACUUACAAUUAUGGGCAGGAUGUGUAAAUUAAAGCGGCAAUCAUAGUCUCAGCUGCUUCGAUAUUGAUUUUUCCCUAUGUCAUUUUAUUUUUGUUUUUUUCAGGCAUUGUAACACAGAAGUUCUAUAAAGAAUGCUUUCAGCUUAGCUGUUGCAUUGACUUGUCAAAUUGAAAUAAAUUCUGCUUUUGUAUCUUGUAAUUGCUUCAACGACUCUGUAUCUGAGAUUUUCAUCAAUGAUUAUUUAACUCUUGGGCAGAUCUCUAAUGUACUGUUCGUAUUUCGGCUGUGUCUUCCCUUACUGUCCUGCUUUAUAACCCUUUAAAUAACUUCUCACAGGUCAUCUCUCCACUAGGAGGCGACCUGCUGUAAAUUUUAAGCACCACAGCGCUGAAGAAGGCUGACAUAUUGAUUGCCAUCUGGCAGCUCCAGUUGGAUCUCAAAGAGCCAUCGUUCGGCCAAUCAAAUGAAUUAAUUCAACGCCGAUGGGCGGGACCGGAAGUAGCCGGUUAGAAGCUUUUUUUUUAAUAAACUGUCAGCAAGCGUGACGGUUAGUCGUUAAAGGUUUUUAAAAGCGUCGAAGAUUGUCUGAAACGUUCAAUAAACCGACAUAUUGAACAAGCGGAAAGUGUGCAUGUGUCUUAAACUCACGCUUAUUCUGUUUUGUGUAUUUAAGCUGCGGUGAGUCGUCAUGGGCGAGGUGGAGCUGUCCUGCCGGGCCUACGUGAAGAUGCACCUGCACGCCUGUCUCUUCCCGCGCUGCAGCAUCAACGGGCUGCUGCUGUCUUCCGGGUCCGCGGGCGGCGGGGUCUGCGUCACGGACUGUGUGCCGCUGCUUCACUCCCACCUGCCCCUGGCUCCCAUCAGCCAGCUGGCCCUCACACAGGUGGACGUGUGGUGUUCACAGACACAGCAAAGGAUUGUGGGAUACUAUCAAGCCAACGCCUGCGUGACAGACAGUAGCCCGACUCCGUGUGCGCUAAAGAUUGCAGAUAAGAUUGCUGAGCAGUUUGACAACGCAGUGUUGUUAAUGCUUGAUGGCAGUAAGAUGUCUUCAGACUAUCGGGUUCCUCCCAUCGUCAUGUACGAGCGCAAAGAUUCAAGAUGGAUGCUCAAAGACAAACACACGAUAAUGCUGCGUCAGUGGGAGGAGACUCAGGCGAUAGCCGCUCAGCUGCUGGAGGCCGGCGACCAAUCGCUGUUGGUGGAUUUUGACGGCCACUUAGACGACAUAACGAAGGACUGGACCAACCAGAAACUGAACAACAAGAUCGCGGAGCUCGCCUCGCCGGCCAAUGGGAACAUCUAGAGGAGUCAUGUGACGUUAACGAGGGAACAUCUGGAGGAGUCAUGUGACGUUAACGAGGGAACAUCUGGAGGAGUCAUGUGACGUUAACGAGGGAACAUCUGGAGGAGUCAUGUGACGUUUUCGACACACACCAGAGUUUGUUUUCUUUAAUGCAUUUCACCACUGAACAGGGACAUAACAUAGAACAUGCAUAAAUAACAUAUGUACAGCUUAAUAUGCCCCCCCCCCCCCCUUGUGCCUUGUGCUCCGACAGCCUCCUUAUUUAAAGUAUAAAUCCACUUAAAAACACAGAACUUAUUUUAACGCACUUUUGGUACUUUGGUCCCGUUUGGUCUUUUUUCUUACGUUUUAUUCUUAUCCGUAAAUAUACUUUUUCCGUAGUGUAACAAAGCUAAAAAUAAUUUACGUCACUAUUAAAAGAUACAAUCAAAAUAUUGGGGUAAGA